CCAUAAAGUCAUUGUCUAAAAUCGAGUCAACUAGUAAAGUUCUUAAAGUAAAUUUUUUCGGCUAAAUUUCAAGGCAUAUCCGGAGAGACAAGAAUUAAAUUGUCCGCAACUGCUUGUAAGCAAACGGACGGAAUCAAUAUUGACAAGACGACCUAAGCUGAUGCCUAACCAAAAUAUGAACUGUGCUGAGGAUAAAAACCUGCAACAAAAGAUUUCUAACCGCGAGGCAAACAAAAAAAUGCUUCGUUGGCUCAAGAGAAAAGUGUUUAAGAGACUAGCGAGGAAAACAUGCCUAGCUGUAUUUAUGGAGCCCAUGAAGAAUCCAAAAUACUAUGAGACUAUCAAGAACCCGAUGGAUAUCGGAUGUAUUAUAAACAGAAUCGAAAAUGGGUACUACCAGAAAGCGGUAGAACCCUUAAACGACUUUCGAACUAUUUUAGUGAAUUGUUUCAAAUUUUUCGAAUACGAAGAUCCGAUAUACAAAAAUGGCAGGAAAAUGAUGAAGUAUUUCAUAAAGUUCUCAGAAAAUCCACCUCGCGCACCGUAUUUCCGCUCCACCAGGAAGACCCGUAACGCCACUCUGCAAACGGAGGACAGCAAGGUCACCAAGGCGGUCCUGGAACCGGAAACAUGGCAGAGCAAGUGCUUGGCCUAUCUGAGCAAGAUUCGCUCCCUCUCUAACAAACUGGAUAUGCCAUUUGCUAGCGCUCUGAUCCUCGAGCAGUGUGACUCUCUGGAAACGAAGCUGUCUCAGGGCCACUUUGCGACCCACGAGCAGUUCACCGAAGAAUCACAGCGCAGCUUCCACGAUUUCUGCAACUCUGCCAUAAACCAUAUACAAACCAAUAGCGAUUCGAGCUCUCCCAAGAAGCCAUAUCAUGAAGAGCCAAUAUACAGCCCUCUGAAGGACCUCAUCCUAUUCUUCGACUCCAACUGCAGUUCUUGCUCUGGCUCCAGCGACUUCUCUUUCCAUUGCUCCCAAGAUGAGUCCUCAAGCGACACCUCGGACUAGCAGGGAUAAGUCUUCUACCAGGAACGAGUACAAAUAUUUCCAAUUCCAGCAAAUCAAAUAUUAAACGAAUUGCCAUUGCGGAGGUGGAAAAUCUGAAUGAUCUGCGCUUGCACUUGUCUUUCUUAUAAUAAACACUAAUUA